AUGACACCGCCCCCUUUACCUCCAAGGAAAAGUAGUCCUACUCAAGAACAUGUCCCUACAACAUCGCAAAACGGACUUUCCGAAGCACAAUCUGUUACCAAUCUCACGUCUUACCAUAUAGUUGAAGUUCCACAUAUAUCAAAAAGUAAUUCAAUGUUAGAAAUGCAUACUGUAUCGUUACCCGAUACAAUAGAAGUAAGUUCCUCGGAAACUAUUUGUGGAGUGGUUAUACCAAAUUGCGAAAAUAUAAUAGAACCUAGUCAAACAGAACAACAAAGUUGUCCUUCGCCAAAAAAAAUACCACAAUAUAUUCCAAUCAAAUCGAUUACUUCGCCAAAUAUUCAGCAGUCCCUGGCUAUAUCUCCGAUACAACAAUAUAUCGGAAAUAAUUCUUCUUAUGCAAAUGUAGAAUUAGAAGUCCCUCCAAAAGUAAAGAAAAGGUUAAAUCCACUUGAAAGAGAUGCCGCGGUAUCAUAUGAAAACUUAAAUAUUGAUUACAUAAAAAAACUGGUUGGAGAAGGAUAUCCAAGGGACGCCGUUAUUAAAGCACUGGGUAUUACCAGAAAUAAUAUUGAUAUGGCUUGUGAUAUUUUACAUGAAUUUGGUACCAAAGGAUAG